CAAAUUAUUUCCUUCAUUUCAAAAUAAAAAUAAAAAUAAAAAUUAGUCACAACUCCACCACCGGAGCAGCAACCCUAGAGAGAGAAUGCAGAGGAGUUCAGUCGCCGGAAGACCGUCGGGAACUGAUGGCUCCGACUAUUCCUAUCGCAUGGUGGUUGAUUCAAGGUACACCAAAGUGGCCAAAGAGAAGGGUCAUCUCGCUAUCUUCCUCUCAAUUCAGGCACUUGUUUUAUUAGUUGGUAUUAUUCUGGUAUUGUUACCAGUGGUAAAAGGAGAAGAUUAUGGCAUGUUUGGCCUUGAACCACUUAUUCUCAGUUUUCUUUCUCUUGUUGCGGGUGAAUUAGGUCGUAGGCAAAGCCGGACAACAUUCUUGAAGAUUUACUUGAUCAUGUCAUUUGUCGCAGUGUUUGAGGUUAUUCAUAUCGCGGUUGCGAACUACUGGGUAAAACAAAGAUUACAGGCUUUACAGCUCAUUGAAGUUCUACAUAUUUUCAUUGAAGUUUUGGUGAAGAUUUCCGGUACUUCCACCACAUUAUCUCUUAUUGAUAACAUGUCUAUUCCUAAAAGAUCAUCUUGAGCCUCCGCCUUCCUAGGUAGAUUCUCAGAAUUUUGUAGGAAAUUUAAACUCUCCAAGAUUUCUUAAGUUCCAUUACAAUAAUUUUGAAUUUUUAGCUUAAAUUUUUUCAUCAUUUUGUAUACUGCACUACUUAAAAGUGAAAUCUUAAUUUUUUAAGGUUACCAUUUUGAUUUGUUAUUGUGAAAAUGACAAGACUCCUUUUAUAAACUGAUUCUGGGUUUCUGAA